AAAUGAUGCGUUCGAUUGUGUUUUUGGUAUCAGUGUUCGUACAGCUCUUCUAUCAACACAACAUCCAACCAAUCCAAUCAAAAUGAAGUUCUUCAUUGCAAUCAUGGCUGUGGCGUUCGUCGCUGCCUCGGAGGCGUCCUACCUGCCAUACGAUGAUGUCCUGUCCUACCAGCACGGCUACGGCUAUGGACUUCCGGUGUCGAAGGUGGUCUAUGGCUCGUCGUACGGUCUCCCAGCAGCGGUGGACAAGUACUCCUACCCAUCAUCGUUGUACGGUUCCUAUCCGGCCGUGAAGAAAGUGGUCGAAUACCCGUCGGUUGCUCCAGUACUGGCCACCAAGGUCGUUGAUAACAGCUACGAUCUGGGAUACAACAAGCUGGUCGCUCCAGUCCUGAGCAGCGGAUACGGUCUGGGAUACAACAAGCUGGUCGCUCCCGUCGUCGCCACCAAAGUCGUCGAUAAUGGACUGUGGAACUAUGGAGGAUACGGUCUGGGAUACAACAAGUAUCUGCCAUCUACCAAGUAUGUUCUCUAAGCUUUCCGACACCGACGUGAUCAACCUUCACAAUCGAACUACCGGAAUCUCUAAUACCUGUUCUGGGGCUACGUUAAUUUCGCCAUGAAAAUAAAAUGCUUUUACGUGUUAUGCUACUUUAAGUCCGUUUUCUCAACCAGUACUCAUAUUUCCCUGUGUGUAAAUGGAAUGAUGAGGGAACAAUCUGUAAUUCAAAUAAGGUGUCCCUCCAACGAUGAGCGUUGGAUUGCAUCUUUCACAUCCAUUCCCCCGCAAUACGCAAAUAAGUGACCUAAGAAUGCAAAGAGUCGAUGUCACUUCCAGGAAGACUGACUUCAUUUGCUGGCGAUAAGAACUGAUUGGCACACUGCUACGGGAGCUAAUCUUUAUGCAAAGAGGCUACACCACACCACAUUACCCCGUACUUAUCAUCAUCAAUUGUUUGAGCUACAUUCCUUCCAUGAUCAUGAUAGUAGUAUACGAUCACUCCACAAUACUUCUGCCGUCAGUGCACUUUAUUUCUUUCAUGAGCAAUAGAAAUCAAUAUAAAAAACACAUCACAACGUUACCAUAAUAUCGGUUUUACAUGAUUUAUUCUCUUCAAUCGUUAUAGCGAAACUUCAUUCUGUUUUCCCAUCUGCAUCUGCUGGUAGUGUGUCCCAUUCCUUUCCAAGCCGCGUCCGGGUCGUUGUUGAAGAUCAGGAGAGUGUGUGGUGCGCGGUUGUUGUCCCAUUGUUGUCAACCCACAACACGCCCGCUCUCCUUAUCUUCUCCCAUUCCGCGGGCUUGGAUGCCGAUCCGUCUCGAUAAAGGGUAAUGUAUAUGAGUCUGUAUAUGUUGCCUCUCCUGCCUGCAAGCAAGCGUUACUACUCUCUCUACUCUUUCUCCAUUUAUCAUCUCAUUCCAAGCCACGGAGUUGAGCGGGUUUUUGGGCCGCUCGCUUCCUUCUUCUGUGUACGUAUUCGAUCCUUAUCAUUUUUUUUUGUUUUUUUGUUUGUUUGUUUUGUAGCUGCUGUAAUUGUUUUGCUAUUACCAUUUGCACAUUAAAGUGCACACAUUCCGUUUUACUUUACUUUCUUUUUCAUUUCUUUUUAUCAGUAGUGUGUUUUUGUUUUCCUCUAUCCACUUCUAGUUUUUUUUUAGUGUUUAUGUAUAUUGUUUGUUUGUUUCUCUUGUUUUGUAAUGUGUGUUUUCUUCUCCUUCACUUUACGAUGGUUACUAAUUACUAAAUAUUCUUAAAUGUCAUUACUUCCUUUUCUUGUCCUUUUUUCUCCUCUCGUUUCCGUCCUUUCCAACACACGAACUCAACCAUCUGAACCCUUUCCCGCCGCCCAACAGCACUCGUGUGGUGGGCAGCGCAACAGCCUUUCCUUCAUUUCUUACGUUCUCUUCCUUGUCCACUCACACACGCGCCACUGUCCUGGCGCCAUUGUUUUGUAAUGUUAUUAAUUAUAUACGGUAAACCACAUUCAUUCGUCACGCACGCAUGCAGAAAACCCAUCAAUUGCACAGGCACCCGAUCCCGAUCGUACUAUUUAUGCUGUAAUUUAUGUAUUGUGUAUUGUAUGCAGCUGUUCAUUGAAGGAGAGAGAGAGAGUGUGUGUGUGUGUGUUUCGUUAUGUUUUUUCCCUCUCCUUUCCCUUCUCGUUUCUCUCUCUCUCUCUCUCUCUUUUUUUCAGUUGUUUCAGCGUGUUUCUUCGCAGUACAGGUGUGUGGCGCUAUACUAACGUUCCUUUCAGCUUUCUUCACAUCGCUUCCUUUCAUUUCCUUGCCAUCCUUCCAUUAUCACACCUUAAUCUAAACCCAAUAUUUUCUGUUUUUCGCCACCAACAUCAUGUGUGUGUGUGUGUGUGUUUGCAGUCGUCAUACUUAGCUUGCUUCCACCGUCUAGUGUUUGUUUUUCAAACACACACACACAAAAAAGCAUCUUGUUUAUCAUAUUUCUCGAUUUCCUCUUCCUUCGUUCCGUUUUGUUUUCUUCUCCUUGGUCUACUUAUUAAACUUAAAGUAACCGUAAUGUAAACCACACCGAAGGGGAUUAUCGAGUGGUUUUUGUUUAAUGUGUUUUUUUUCUUCUUGCAUUUUACUAUGCCGGGGGGCGGCCUCGGGGGUUUGUGUUUGUAGGAUCGAUGCUUUUUUUCAUCCCCACUCGCCCCCAAAAAACAGUUUGUUCUGCUAGUAAUUCAUUUUCGUUGCACUAUUUAUGCUUCUACACCUUCUGCUUCUGUUAUGCCUUACACCUACAUACACAUGUAUAUAUAAUGUAUAAGUUGUGUGUGUUUUUUUUUCUUCUGUAAAUUGUUAUCUUGUUGUUGUUACUUGUUUUUGUUGCUGUACGCGUGGGAAGUGGUUUUUCUUAUCCCUCUUCCACUCUGCUUCGUUAGUAGGUGUAGAUAUUCAGUACUGUUCCUAGUAUUAAACCGCUACAGCCGGGGAUGAUGACGAUUAAGUUAGUUUGAGUUUGAGUUUGCUUCUAUUUCGGGCUCUUACUGCCGCUGGCUGUGUAAAGGUUGUAUAGUUGUAUGUUUAGUUGUUUUUUUUUCAUUUGAUGGUUUGUUUUGUGUUUAGUUUCUGGUUUAGUAUAUAGUCACAAUAACACGCUAAACUGGAUCAUACGUUAGAUGAUGCAAGACGAAAUGUGGGAUCGCAUAUUAAAGCAGCUUCUUCACCCUUCCCAACGUGUAUAAGUGUGUUGUUGUUGUGUAUCAUCUUUCACGUGUACUUUAAUAUUCUAAAUCCACCGUACCACGUGGUGUGGGCUUCACUUCCUAUAUCCUUUGCAUUCUUUUGCCUAUUUAUAAGUGUAACACAUACAGCAACACUCCUAUCUCUUCUUCCUGUCCUGCUGUGCUUGCACGGCUGUGUCGCAGUCAAAGUUUGCUAAACCUUCACCACACUGAACACUCUCCAUAUAUCCUUUCUUCUCCGUCUUCUUCUCCACCCAUCCCCAUUCAAAUGUUUACAGACUUACUUUCGAGAGAACAGAGAGAAAGCUUUUGUUUUCCUUUUUUUUUCUUCUUCUUAAUAGUCAUCAGGCGCAGCAGCUAGAGCUAGAGCACUAGUAGUAGUAGUAGUAGUAGUAGUACACAGACACACGGACACACCUCAUAUUUUUCACUAUCACUUGUCACAUUAACGGCGUCUUCUUUUUUGCUCACUCUCCCCUGCUACAUUGCCACCCAAUUGGCCCCCCACAUACUGAGCUGCUCUUCGUGGGGCGAUUGGACACACCACACUCACACCCCAAAAGAUUACUUUCCUUCCCACAACACAUAUUGUUUUCGCUAGCCUAAAUAUCCUCUGCACCGGGGGGUUUCUUUUUUUUUACAUCAGUAAUGCCACGUACUGCACUGUUGGCUACCUUCUUCCUUGCAGGAUUGGCUGGCUAAAUUCAUUUAAACAUUACUAUUAUCCUUUGCUCCCAUCGUCAUCGGCCCGCCCUUGCUUUUAUACACAAAUAUCUAUGCCGUCUCUUUUCUCUUGUCUGGCCCUUCUCUUCGUUUCAUCUCUCUCUCUCUCUCUAGUGUCCACUCAUUGGCAUUGGUCGACGAUGCGCGUGUGUAUGUGUGAUUUGGGGGUGGGUGGAGAUGGAGUGAAAGCUCUUCAUUAGCAAACUUCGCAAAAAAAAUGCGCUUCUUAACAGUGGCAAGAUCUUGAUCAUUGCAUUCACAUGAAAAAACAAACAAAUAAUAAACCUACAACGAAGCGCGCA